AUGGCUGAACAGCAAGCCCUCGCCACAACAGUGAGAAAUUUGGAGCGUCAAAUGGGACAGCUUGCUAGUGCUCAAAAUAAUAGACCAGCGGGAGCUCUUCCAAGUGACACUGAAGCCAAUCCUAGGGCGGCCCUUAAUGCUGUGUCGUUGAGGAAUGGGAGACAACUAGAAGAAGUUCAGUCUAAAAAGAGGAAACAGGUGACUUUUAAUGAGAUGCCAGCCACUGUAGAAUCAACAUCAGAGAAAGCCAAGGAGCCAGAGAAGCCGGCUGGAGAGGCGGUGGCUGAGCAAUCCCCACAAUUGGUACAAAUUAAUAUUCCAUUGGUUGACAUCUUACAGGAAGUACCCAAAUAUGCAAAGUACAUCAAGGACAUUGUGGCGAAUAAAAGGAGGCUGACCGAGUUCGAGACUGUGGCACUCACUGAGGAGUGCAGUUCCAGAAUUCAAGGCAAGUUACCUCAGAAAUUGAAGGAUCCAGGUAGUUUCACUAUCCAAAUCACGAUUGGUAAACAUGAUGUUGGGCGAGCUCUAUGUGACCUUGGAGCAAGCAUCAAUUUGAUGCCACUAUCUAUAUUCAGACAGUUGGGGUUGGGUGAACCACGCCCAACAACAGUUAUCUUACAGUUAGCUGACCGCUCCUUUGCUCAUCCUGAGGGAGUAAUUGAAGAUGAGCUUGUCCAAGUGGGGUCUUUUAUAUUCCCAGCUGAUUUCAUCAUCCAUGAUUACGAGCCUGAUCAGGAAGUCCCAUUUCUUUUAGGGCGUCCAUUCUUAGCCACGGGCCGAGCUAUUAUUUAUGUUUGA